AUGCGAUGCGCGAGCAAGGCCGCCGAGAGCGCGUCUGCACGUCUCUGUGCGGACGCCGAAGCAGAAACUACAGCAACUGAUGUCCCAUCGGUUGCUGAAUCGACUCAGCCUGUAUCACCUGGUGAUGCAGGCGCUGGUCAUGAAGACACUCGUGUCUCACAGAGUACGAGCUCGGUGUCUCGUACUCUCCUGAUACGGAUGACGGAUCCGUAUCGACGGCAAUUGAAUCCAAGCCGCCUGCCAAGCGUGAGCAUGGACGAUGCUUGCGUCGCAGCAUCUUUGGUUCAUCUGAUGAGUCAGAUGAACCAUCGCCGAAGCGAAGGCGCUCGAGGUCGCGAGACUCGGGCGCCAAUAGUGGUGUCGUUUCUCCAAUGGACACCACUUCUCAGCGAGGUGCCAGUACUUCUGUCGGCACGUCGCAGGAAGAGCGGGACCGCAAUGUGUUGCGUCUCGCCUCCAGAAAAGAAGGCAUGGAUGCCUCCUAAAUCUGUCAGUGGAUCACUUGUCGGCGACGACGAGUGA